GAGGACAAAAAGGAACCUCUCUCUUUUAAUUACUUCCCUUUUCUGGUUGACUCCACCUCCAUUAUGAAAUCCUUCUUUUGCGUGUGUGUGUGUGGAAGUGAAAUGAUUUUUAGAAUUUGUAGUGGUCCUCUUCUUCAAGGGACCAUUCCAAGGGAAUAAUACAAGAAGAUUUAAGCAUCAUAAAACUUUGGAAUGGACAAACUCAGAAUGGUGCUACAUGACAACUCUGGAUCUGCUGGCUUUAAAAGGUGUUCUGUUCAUUUCGGUCCCUUCACUUUUGCUGUGGUCUCAGUUCUCUAUGCCUGUUUGGUCACCAACGCUCUUGGGGGAACAGACAAGGAGCUGAGGCUGGCGGCUGGUACAACCAAGUGUUCUGGGAGAGUGGAGGUUAAAGUCCAGGAAGAGUGGGGAACUGUGUGCAACAACGGCUGGGACUUGGCUGCUGUCUCCGUGGUUUGUAAGCAGCUGGGAUGUCCGACUGUCAUCAAAGCCACAGGAUGGACCAAUUCCAGUGCAGGCACUGGGCGCAUUUGGAUGGAUCAUGUGUCUUGUCGAGGCAAUGAAUCAGCUCUCUGGGACUGCAAACAUGAGGGGUGGGGAAAGCAUAACUGUACUCACCAACAGGAUGUAGGAGUCACCUGCUCAGAUGGAUCUGAUUUGGAGAUGAGGCUGAUGAAUGGAGGAAACCGGUGCUCAGGAAGAAUAGAGAUAAAAUUCCAGGGCCAGUGGGGAACAGUGUGUGAUGAUAACUUCAAUUUGGAUCACGCUUCUGUGGUUUGUAAACAGCUUGGAUGUGGAAGUGCUAUCAGUUUCUCUGGCUCAGCUCAUUUUGGAGAAGGAUCUGGGCCAAUCUGGUUUGAUGAUCUGGUAUGCCAUGGAAAUGAGUCAGCUCUCUGGAACUGCAGACACGAAGGAUGGGGAAAGCACAACUGUGAUCAUGCUGAAGAUGCUGGAGUGAUUUGCUUAGAGGGAGCUGACCUGAGCCUGAGACUGGUAGAUGGAGUCACCAAGUGUUCAGGAAGAUUAGAAGUGAGAUUCAAAGGAGAAUGGGGGACAGUGUGUGAUGAUGGCUGGGACAGCGAUGAUGCUGCUGUAGCGUGUCAGCAAUUGGGAUGUCCGACUGCCGUCACUGCCAUCGGUAGAGUCAAUGCCAGUGAGGGAACUGGAAACAUUUGGCUUGACAGUGUUUCCUGCCAAGGACAUGAAUCUGCUAUCUGGCAGUGCAGACAUCACGAAUGGGGAAAGCAUUACUGCAAUCAUAAUGAAGAUGCUGGUGUGACCUGUUCUGAUGGAUCAGAUCUCGAACUGAGACUCAAAGGUGGAGGUAGCCGCUGUGCUGGGACAGUGGAGGUGGAAAUUCAGAAACUGACAGGGAAAGUGUGUGACAGAGGCUGGGGACUGAAAGAAGCUGAUGUGGUUUGCAAGCAGCUGGGAUGUGGAUCUGCACUCAAAACAUCCUAUCAAGUUUAUUCCAAAAUUCAGGCAACAAACACAUGGCUGUUUUUAAGCAACUGCAAUGGAAAUGAAACUUCUAUCUGGGACUGCAAGAACUGGCAAUGGGGUGGGCUUAGCUGUGAACACUAUGAUGAAGCCAAAGUUACUUGCUCAGCCCACAGGGAACCCAGACUAGUCGGAGGGGACAUUCCCUGCUCCGGUCGUGUUGAAGUGAAACAUGGCGACACUUGGGGCACCAUCUGUGAUUCUGACUUCUCUCUGGAAUCGGCCAACGUGCUGUGCAGGGAAUUAAAGUGCGGCACCGUUGUUUCCAUCUUGGGAGGAGCUCACUUUGGAGAAGGAAACGGACAGAUCUGGGCUGAAGAAUUCCAGUGUGAGGGCGACGAGUCCCAUCUUUCACUCUGCCCCAUUGCACCCCGCCCAGAUGGGACGUGUAGCCACAGCAGGGACAUUGGAGUAGUCUGCUCAAGAUACACAGAAGUUCGCUUGGUGGGUGGUAAUACCCUGUGUGAAGGAAGAGUGGAGGUCAAGAUUCUUGGGACCUGGGGAUCUCUCUGCAACUCUCACUGGGACAUGGAAGAUGCUCACGUUUUGUGCCAGCAGCUUAAAUGUGGAGUUGCUACUUCUAUCCCAGGAAGAGCACCUUUUGGGAAAGGAAGUGGACAGCCCUGGAGACACAUGUUCCACUGUACUGGGACAGAACAGCACAUAGGUGAUUGUCCUGUAACUGCUCUGGGUGCAUCACUGUGUCCUGAAGGGCAAGUGGCCUCUGUAAUCUGCUCAGGAAACCGGAGUCAGACACUAUAUCCAUGCAAUUCAACAUCUUUGGAUCCGAAAAGCUCUGUUGUUUUGGAAGAAAAUGGUGUUCCUUGCAUAGGGAGUGGACAGCUCCGCCUGGUAAAUGGAGGUGGGCGUUGUGCCGGGAGAAUAGAGGUCUAUCAUGAGGGCUUCUGGGGCACCAUCUGUGAUGACAGCUGGGACUUGGAUGAUGCCCAUGUGGUAUGCAGGCAGCUGGGCUGCGGUGUGGCCAUUAAUGCCACGGGUUCUGCUCAUUUUGGGGAAGGAUCAGGGCCCAUCUGGCUGGAUGAGGUGAACUGUAAUGGAAAGGAAUCUCGCAUUUCUCAGUGCCGUUCUCAUGGUUGGGGACGGCAGAACUGCAGGCAUAAAGAGGAUGCAGGAGUUAUCUGCUCAGAGUUCAUGUCUCUCAGACUCAUCAGCGACACCAGCAGCGAGACCUGUGCAGGGCGCCUGGAAGUUUUUUACAACGGAGCUUGGGGCAGCGUGGGCAAGAGUGACAUGUCUGCAACCACAGUGGGGGUGGUAUGCAGGCAGCUGGGCUGUGCGGACAAAGGGAGUAUCAGACCAGCGCCUUCAGACAAGGUGGAGAAAAGGCACAUGUGGGUGGACAACGUCCGGUGUCCUAAGGGACCCGAAACCUUAUGGCAGUGCCCAUCAUCUCCGUGGAAGAGAAGGCUGGCCAGCCCCUCAGAGGAGACCUGGAUCACAUGUGCUGAUAAAAUAAGACUUGAGGAAGGAACCACUAAUUGUUCUGGACGUGUGGAGGUCUGGCACGGAGGCUCCUGGGGCACAGUGUGUGACGACUCCUGGGACCUUAACGAUGCCCAGGUGGUGUGUCGCCAGCUGGGAUGUGGCUUAGCUCUGGAGGCAGGAAAAGAGGCAGCGUACGGCCAGGGAACCGGGCCCAUAUGGCUCAAUGAAGUGAAAUGCAAGGGCAAUGAGUCCUCCCUGUGGGAUUGUCCUGCCAAAAACUGGGGACACAGUGACUGUGGGCACAAGGAGGAUGCCUCUGUGAAGUGCUCAGAAAUUGCAGAGAGCAAAGGAUCACUAAAGGCCGCAGGUCACUCCUCCACUGUUGCACUUGGAGUCCUUGGGGUCAUUCUGUUGGCCUUUCUCAUCGCAGCCCUCCUGUGGAUUCAGAGGCGAAGACAGAGACAGCGUCUUGCAGUUUCCUCAAGAGGAGAGAACUCUGUCCACGAAAUUCAAUACCGGGAGAUGAAUUCUUGCCUGAAAGCAGAUGAUCUGAAUCUAUAUAAUUCCUCAGAUCACUUUGACGUACAAUGAAAGAAGAAAAAGGGAAUUGUAACCUGGUGAGUUCAGCCAGCUUGACGAAGACCUGGACUGUUAAGUGAGCAAGGAUCAACACUGAAGAUCACAAUACAGUCCUUUGUCUCCUGAUAUUCAAAAGACUGCUGCUGAAUUUUAAAAAAUUAAUUUGGUGAAUGUGAUGACUAAAAAGUUGUAGAUAAGAUUUUCAGGGGUAUUAAGUAAAAAAGAAUAUUGCUGAUUUGAAUUUGUCUUAACUCCUUAUUUUUGAUUCUAAAAAUUUCUGAAUGAGCUUUCUGACUUUUAGAGUUUCAUAAAUACAAUAUGUUGUUUUUUCA